AUGGGUUUCUUUGGACUUCGAGGGAGGGAAAUCCAGAUGGCUCAGAUCUGGGCGGUCAUCUUGCCGUGCUAUCUCUUGUUCGGCUACAACAACUCUAUCGCCGGAGGGUUCCUCAGUCUCCCGUCGUGGGUAGAGACCUUUCCUGCCCUCGACACCGUGCAUACAAAAGGAGCCACCAAAGACCAUAACUCGACCCUUCAAGGAACCGUCGUGGCCAUGUACACCCUGGGUUGUCUCUUCGGCUGCCUUAGCUGCAUCUGGCUAGGCGACAAGCUCGGUCGGAAGAGAACCAUCAUAUUCGGCGCCUUGAUCAACACGAUAGGUGCAGCUCUACAAUCCUCCUCGUACUCGCUUCCGCAACUUAUAGUCGGUCGACUGGUCUCCGGAUAUGGCUUUGGACACAUUACAGCCACAGCUCCGAACUGGCAAGCAGAGUGUUCUGGCGCUGCUCACAGGGGUGCGGCGGUGAUGCUUGAAGGCUUGUUCAUCUCCUUUGGCUUGGCUAUCGGAGGCUGGACGAAUCUGGGCAUGUCUUUUCAUCACGGCUCUGUCACUUUCCGAUUCCCCAUGGCCUUGUCUGGCGUGUUAUCCAUUAUCAUUAUGCUUACUACACCACUGCUUCCGGAGUCUCCUCGUUGGCUGACGAAGAAGGGCCGAGUUGAUCGUGCAAGAGAGGUUUUGGCCGACUUGACCGAUACCGACGCAAAUUCCGUCGAAGUAGGCGAGGCAAUUCGCGAAAUCGAAACGUCCUUAGCCCUCGCAGGAGAAGCCAAACUGAAGGAUAUCUUCACCAACGGACCGCUCCGCCUCUUACAUCGCAUGUGCCUCGCCUGUGCAGCGCAAUGCUUCCAGCAAAUGAGCGGCAUCAACGCCCUGGCCUUUUAUCAAGCCAAGAUCUUCGAAGACUACCUUGGCCAAACACCAAGAGCAGCAAAGAUCAUCGCUGCUUCGGUGUUUACCUGGCAGACAAUCUGCUCGCCCAUUGGUGUCUUGACCGUAGACAGGUUUGGACGUCGCAAGCUGAUGAUGGUAUCGUCUUUGGGUAUGGGCGUCUGUAUGGCUGUAGUUGCGGGCGGGUCGUCGCAGCCGGGAAAUACAGCGUCGGUGGGAGUUGCGGCGGCUUUCAUCUUCCUUUUCUCACUGUUCUUUCCAACCGGAUUCCUUGGACUUACGUUUCUAUAUGCUGCUGAGAUCUCACCGCUCAGUCAUCGAGUGCCCAUCACGGCCAUGUCGACUGCCACCGCCUGGCUGUUCAACUUUGUUGUUGCUGAAAUCACUCCUAUUGGGCUAGCUACCCUCAAGUACAGAUACUACAUCAUCUACGCCGCCAUCAACAUCUGUCUCACCUUUCCAAGCGUGUACUUCUUCUUCCCCGAAACUAGUGGGCGACACCUAGAGGAGGUCGACGGCAUCUUCUUGGAUAGUAGGAAUAUUUUUGAAACAGUCUCUAUUGCUAGGCAGAGUCAAGUAGUUGGUCAUAGAAGGAGUAUUGAGAAUGGGAGGGAAGAGAAAGAGGAAGUGGCACAGAUUGAGAAAGGUAUGCCAGUACCUCAAGACAGGUAG